AUGUCAACAUUAAAUCCUAUUGGAAGUGUGAAUGUCGCAGCUCCGUCAGAACCAAAUGGAGCUUUAUCGGAUGUCUCCGCAAUUGUAAAACCAACAGCAAAUGGAGAACUGUGUGUUUUACCUUAUAAAGUUGGUACUUUCACGUGGGAUAUGUAUUUUUGUAACAGAGGCUACUGUCCAACAGCAAGUAGUCCAAAUAGUACAUGUGCAACUGGUAGAUUUGGUAAUAUAGCAUUAAAUAAUAAUCAGACAAGAAAAUUUCAAUUAAAAACUGAAACUGGUGGAAUAAAUGGGAAAGAUCAACAAUGUCUUACUUAUUAUUAUUAUAUGGGUAAUGUUGGUCAAAAAAUCAUCAAUAUUCGUAAGGAAGAAGUAGAUGGUGGAAGUGUGAUCAUUGAUUCUGUUACGAGUAGUCCAUUCAAUGGAUGGAUAUUACGACGAAUAUCAUUCAAUACUGAAGCACUCGGCUAUAAAAUUUAUUUCGAAGUACAGGGAACAUCUAUCACUGGAGCACCUAAUGUUGGAUUAGAUGAAAUAUCAAUACAUCAAGGCAGUUGUGAAGAUGAACUAAUUACUGUUACGCCGAUAACAACAACAACAACAACGACUCUACUAGUUCAGUCAACAACAACAUCAAUUUCGGAGCAGACUACAACAGGAAUUACUACAUUAAAAACCAGUACAAUAGCAUCACUCGAAAAUGUCGUUAUAUCUUCGUAUGCAAAGAUUCCUCCUCGCGAAAAAAGUCAUAUCAUUGUUAUGGCUACAAUCAUUCCAAUUGUAUGGAUUGCAUUUAUUGUUACGCUUGUUUGGAUGAGAAGAUCUACUGGAGUGCUUGGUGUUAUCUUCGAUCGAUUUCCUCAUUGGAGUCGUAGUGGUGAAUCUUCAGGUAGUUAUGAACUCACCACUGUAUCAGAAGCUUAA